AUGCCUAGCAUGUGGUUGACUGAGAAUCAGAAGAUCGGAGUCAUCUUCUGCUCUGCUGGUGGCUUGUUCCUGCUACUCGGAGUGAUUAUGUUUUUUGAUAGGUCACUGCUUGGAAUGGGAAAUAUCCUCUUCCUAAUUGGCCUCACCCUCAUAAUCGGCUUCCAAAAGACGAUUGUCUUCUUCUCUCGGCCCCAGAAAUUAAAGGGCACCGCCGCCUUCUCUGCGGGAAUCAUCCUCAUCCUCCUCCGCUGGCCAUUGACCGGAUUCUUGAUCGAGCUGUACGGCCUAUUUAUCCUAUUCGGCGACUUCCUUAUUACAAUUGGUUCAUUCGCAGGCAACAUCCCCAUUGUUGGACCGUAUAUCAAGCGCGGUCUGGAGAUUUUGGCUGGCGGCCGCAGCAAUGCCGAGUUGCCAUGCUUCACUACUGAAAGGCAGGGGAUGACGAGCGUAACAUCGCUAGGCAUGAACGACACGACUAUAUCUCAGGCCUGA